AAAGAGGGCUUAGUUUUGCAUGUUCCCAUCCAUCCUGCACGACGCGAAAGGGCCCCUUAUCCACCUCUCCUGUGUACUAGGAACACCUCCACUGGUGAUCAGCCUUUGCCUGUGUUUGUCUUGUGGAGAAGCAGCAGCACCUUUUCAGGAGUGGGUUUUUUAUUCAACAAGAAGUCCUGAAGGUUUUGGAUGCGGUGCUUCAGGGAUGUGGGCACUUUGAGAGCAGCAUCACCCACAAACACAAACAACUGCCAUCGAUUUUUCUGUGAAUAGCACAAAAAAAGAGAAAGAGAAAAAAAAAGAAAAAGAAAAACAAAGAGGAACAAUAGCAACACAAAAAAAUCUUGUCUAUUGAACAAUUCACUUUUCCAGUCUGUGGAUACCGCUCUAACUAAGUACAGCACUUUGAGAAUUGUUCACAUCGGACGGACUGAAGAGGGAGGCAAGACCUGUGGACCGGGUUUUCCCUCGCAAGUCUGAAUCGGCUCUCGCCACUCAUCCCGUGAAAAAACAAACCCUAAAGGAUAACACGCUUGGACGUUUAUUUUCCUCUAAUUUCGCAGGAGGCUCUUUUUUCACGCAAAUUGUCCUAAAUGUUUGGGAUUCAGGAAACUAUACCGCGGGGUGGGACGACGAUGAAGGAGGAACCGCUGGGUGGACUGAACUCGGUCCGCUCCUGGAUGCACACAGCUGGGGUGGUGGAUGCAAACACAGCCGCCCAAAGCGGUGUCGGCUUGGCACGGGCACAUUAUGAAAAGCAGCCCCCUUCCAACCUCAGAAAAUCCAAUUUUUUCCAUUUCGUCCUGGCGCUGUAUGACAGACAGGGUCAGCCCGUGGAGAUCGAAAGGACAGCUUUUGUGGACUUUGUGGAGAAAGAAAAAGAACCAACCAGUGAAAAAACUAACAAUGGGAUACAUUACAAACUACAGUUAUUGUACAGCAAUGGCGUCAGAACAGAACAGGAUCUUUACAUACGGUUAAUCGAUUCCAUGACGAAGCAGGCCAUAGUUUAUGAGGGCCAGGACAAGAAUCCAGAAAUGUGCAGAGUUCUUCUUACUCAUGAAAUUAUGUGCAGCCGAUGCUGUGACAAGAAAAGCUGUGGAAACAGGAACGAGACUCCCUCAGACCCUGUGAUCAUUGACAGAUUCUUCCUAAAGUUCUUUCUCAAGUGCAAUCAGAACUGUCUGAAGAAUGCAGGGAAUCCACGAGACAUGCGCAGAUUCCAGGUUGUCGUAUCGACGACCGUCAAUGUGGACGGCCAUGUCUUGGCUGUUUCAGACAACAUGUUCGUACACAACAAUUCCAAGCAUGGGCGAAGGGCUCGCAGACUCGACCCUUCAGAAGGUACGCCUCCUUAUCUGGAGAAUGCAGCCACCCCGUGCAUCAAGGCUAUCAGCCCCAGUGAGGGAUGGACCACUGGAGGAGCCACUGUCAUCAUCAUAGGAGACAACUUCUUCGAUGGCCUACAAGUCGUGUUCGGCACCAUGCUCGUAUGGAGUGAGCUGAUAACUCCUCACGCCAUCCGCGUCCAGACUCCACCUCGGCACAUCCCCGGCGUUGUGGAAGUCACGCUGUCCUACAAGUCCAAGCAGUUCUGCAAAGGCGCCCCUGGGAGAUUUGUCUAUACUGCCCUGAACGAGCCCACCAUCGACUAUGGCUUCCAGAGGCUGCAGAAGGUCAUCCCCAGACACCCCGGCGAUCCUGAGAGGUUACCAAAGGAGGUGUUACUGAAGAGGGCGGCUGAUCUCGUCGAAGCCCUGUAUGGAAUGCCCCACAACAAUCAGGAGAUCAUUCUGAAGAGGGCAGCUGACAUCGCCGAGGCCCUGUACAGCGUUCCCCGCAACCACAACCAGAUCCCCUCGCUCGCUAACACAGCCUCCCACGGCAUGAUGGGAGUCAACUCCUUCAGCAGCCAGCUAGCAGUCAAUGUGUCUGAGUCACAAGGGAAUGACCAAGUGGGCUACAGCCGGAACACCAGCAGCGUGUCCCCCCGGGGCUACAUCUCCAGCAGCACCCCGCAGCAGUCGAGCUACAACACCGUCAGCAACAGCAUGAAUGGCUACGGCAACGCCGGCAUGAACCUGGGAGUGCCAAGCUCCCCUGGGUUCCUCAACGGAUCCUCUGCCAACUCCCCAUAUGGAAUUAAACAAAAGAGCGCCUUCGCCCCUGUGGUCCGACCCCAGGCCUCCCCACCCCCCUCCUGCACCAGCGCCAACGGCAACGGACUGCAAGGUGAGCCCCCCUCACCCCCUCAUCCUUUCCCUACGGACUACUGGUCAGAUACCGCUGCUCAGGCCUCUGUCCGGUUUGCCAUGUCCGGCCUGGUUGUCCCUCCAAUGUAAAUGCACUUUCAUCAUCUCAAGCACCAGUCUACACACUACCACUUCACAGGACACCCCCCCCCCAGCACACAGCAAAACGCUGGUGUAAUGUAUAGUCAGCCGCUUGUUCUGUUUUUAAAGAUGAAGAAGAAAAAAAAAAGAAAAGAAAGAAGUGAUUUUUUUUCUUUUGAAUGACUUUCGCAAAAACCU